AUGUUUGCUGCCACGCAAAUAGAACUGGAUGGAAUGAGUGAUGAUAAACCCAUUCACCUCAACGGACUGUCCCGGGAGACAUUUGAGCUGUUUCUUGAACAUACCUUUGAAAGGUAUGUCAAUACGUUGUUCAUGCUUCUUACUAUUAAUGUUUGUAGAAUGCGCACUGGCUCUUAUACCACCAACGAGCUCUCAAGAUUCCUUCACUUUUGUGACAUGUAUCAAUGCCGCUGCCAUACACGAGAUUUUGUUGUGCACCAUAUAUUUACUGCAUGUUUCCACUUCCACCCGGCUCAAUUGGUUAACAUGGCCAUCAAAUACCACAUCCGCUCCAUCUUUCCUUUCGCAUUCCAACUGGCAGAAACACCAAUUUCAGAAAUCACACACACACACCGGGAGCUAAUGGGAAAUGAAGUAUUUUUGAAUGUUGUUUAUGUUCAAGUGGCACUUGAUCAUCAUCAUUGGAUUGUAGCUGCAGAGGAGCUGAAGAUCUUGAUGCACUUGAAUGAUUGUCAAGACCCAGCGGGUUGCAAUGAGGAUUGGCAUAGUAUUUGGUGGAAUGGAAUGAGCCACUUCCUUCUCAAUGGCAGGAAUCUACAACCAUAUAGUGAUGCUGUCAAGUGCUUCAAGGAAUUGAAGUUUGGACAGGUUAGUGAGGGUUGCAAAGAGCUGAUGUUCAAGCUCCUGGAUCAAGGAGCUGCCUUUCAUCACGCUGAACAUUUUAUUUCUGAAGCUUGUCACCUUCUAGUCGAAAAAUGA